UCAGUGCGGGCAGGGGAGCCAUGGCGGCGGGCGGCGUGAGUGCGUCCGUAGGCCCCGGAGGCCCCGAGGGCUUGGGCCACUGGCUGCGCGGCGCCUUGCGCUUCGCCACCGACAGGAACGACUUCCGGAGGAAUCUGAUCGUCAACCUGGGACUGUUCGCCGCUGGCGUGUGGCUGGCCAGAAAUUUGAGCGAUAUCGAUCUGAUGGCUCCUCAGCCGGCCGCGUAAUGGAGCGAGGACACCCCCGGAGACGGCGUGAAGGUUAACGCCUGCCUCGCUGAUCCACUGAACAGUCGUCUACCAGGAGAGCUGCCGUGGACAGACCACCCCAAGGUUAACUCAGGACGUGGAAACCCCCCUUUCCUCACUUGAUAACCCAACCAGCGAGCGAUCCAGGCCGCAAGCAGCAGCCACAAAAGGCUAAGACGUUGCUCUUCGAUGGGCGUAGCGAACGUAUUUCCAAACUCCUUCGAGGGAGGGGCUGGGGCUUGCCACGGCAGUUGGAGGGAAGUGGCCUUGGUUUCUUUAUUAAGGCAAUGACGCUAAAGUUUAUUCCCAGAUGACUGAAAUAAAGACAAUAUGCGUACACA